AUGAAUGUAAUCAACGUGGUAAAGCUGUUGCACUUUUCAGUAGUCUCCAGUUACAUAAAUGAAUACAUACUGGAGAAAAACUCUAUGAAUAUAACCAACGUGGUAACACCUUUGCAUAUAGCAAUGAUCUUCAAAGACAUGAAAGGACACAUAUUGGAGAGAAACCCUACAAAUGUAAUGAAUGUGAUAAAGCCUUUGCUCAUCAUGGUCAUCUCAGAAUACAUAAAAGAAUACAUGCUGGAGAGAAGCCCUGUGAAUGUAAUCAACGUGGUAAAGCUGUUGCACUUUUCAGUAGUCUCCAGUUACAUAAAUGAAUACAUACUGGAGAAAAACUCUAUGAAUAUAACCAACGUGGUAACACCUUUGCAUAUAGCAAUGAUCUUCAAAGACAUGAAAGGACACAUAUUGGAGAGAAACCCUACAAAUGUAAUGAAUGUGAUAAAGCCUUUGCUCAUCAUGGUCAUCUCAGAAUACAUAAAAGAAUACAUGCUGGAGAGAAGCCCUGUGAAUGUAAUCAAUGUGGUAAAGCCUUUCCAUGUUACAGUCAUCUUUAGAGGCAUGAAAGAAUACAUACUGGAGAGAAAUCUUAUAAAUAAACCCUUGAAUGUAAUCAAUGUGGUAAAGCCUUUUCACAUCACAGUGGUCUCCAAAUACAUUAGAGAACACAUACUGGAG